CGCGGUUGGUCGGUCGCACGAGGAAGAAGCACCUUUGAAACACCGGGACAAGGUGCAACGCAAACGUUCAGUCGAGUCGAGUUUUAGAGUUCAAGAUCCAGGAGGCGAUACGCUCCGUGGAUCUUCACUUUUUAGUAAUUCAGCACUUUUUUAUUUACACGAUUUCGAAUCAUUCCAGUGAAUCUUAUCACAGUGUGACAGACUCCGAGUACGCGUGCGCGAUAGAUCGGGUUCUGAAUCCGGUGAAGUUUUUAUUUUUUCUUGUGUUUUUUUUUUACUGUGAGUUCACGCUGUUUGUGCAGAUUUUCCAGUGAUUGCGGUUUUUUUUAUAUACUGAAGAAUAAAUCGCAAAGCCGAAAGGAUGAGUUACUCCCGCUGCCGUGUCCUGACAGUGCUUUUACUUCACGCCUGGAGUGCACUGGUUGUCCUUGGGAUUGACACGUCUCAAGCAAGUAACGUGCAAACGACACCAGUGGUUUCGGAGCCCUCAGGGGCUUCCGGACCCGACUACACUGGCCCAUCAGCUGGCUCCGAUGAAUGUGAUCCAGAGAUGGUUGGCUUUGAACUAGUCACCGGAUACGUUUACACCGCGCCCACCAACAUGCUUGAGUCCAUUCCGGGUACCUUGAUGCUCACCGAUUGCCUCGAGACCUGUCAGGCUAAUGACUCCUGUCAAGCGGUCAAUUAUGAGACUGGUCUCUGCGUACUAUUCAGCUCAAACGCCGACAACAAUCCAGGUGCACUGACGCAAUCUCAAUUCCCGGUAUUCACGAUCUACGCGCAGAAGAGCUGUCUUGCUGUUAAACCCUGCGAGAGAGCGUGGUGCAUCGACAGGGUACAAGGCCAUCGUCUUCAGGGUCAUACCAAAAGAAGUAUGACAGCCUCGUCACGUCAACACUGUCUUGAGCUCUGCCUUGGUGAACGAGACUUCUUGUGCAGAUCUGCGAAUUACGCGAAUGUCACGAAAGUAUGCGAAUUAUCGGACAUGGACAGACUGACAAUGGCGGGUUCAAAUGCCCUCCAGGUCUCAAAGGACUUCGAUUUUCUGGAGAAUCACUGCGUCGACGAGCCUGUCAAACUCUGCGAAUUCAAAAAGCUCACUGGUCGCAUACUGAAGACAGUUGAUUCUGUUUACCAGGACAUUGCCACGUUGGAGGAGUGCCGGGAGCUCUGCCUCAAUUCACCGUUCCGUUGUCACUCCUACGACUACGGUGACACCGGGGAUAUGGUAUGCAGACUGAGUCAUCACUCAAGAGCAACGCUGUCAGACAUCCAGGAACCGUACUUAGACGUACCCGAGGCGUCAACAUAUGAACUGAGCUCGUGCUACAACGUAACCAUCGAUUGUCGAGCUGGUGACAUGGUGGCCAGAAUACAAACCAGCAAACUGUUUAACGGCAAGGUAUACGCCAAGGGCUCACCAAACUCAUGUGUACAGGAUAUCAAAGGAGCACUCGAGUUUGAGCUCAAAAUGGCGUACGACGAUUUGGAGUGUAAUGUCAAACAGCAAGGACUUGGAAGAUACCUCAACGAUGUUGUGAUUCAGCAUCACGACACAAUAGUCACUAGUUCGGAUUUGGGACUGGCAGUGACAUGUCAAUACGACUUGACCAACAAGACAGUGUCAAAUGAGGUUGACCUUGGUGUUCAAGGUGAUAUAACACCAGCACUCAGUGAGGAGGUGAUCGUUGAUUCACCAAAUGUUGCAAUGAAGAUAACAGAUCGUGAUGGUCACGAGGGUAUGCCAUCCGCUGAGGUUGGCGAUCCUCUCGCUCUCAAAUUCCAAAUUCUCGAUCCAAAUAGCCCAUACGAGAUAUUUGUACGUGAACUUGUUGCCAUGGAUGGCAUUGACUCGAAUGAAAUCGUUCUCAUUGAUUCAGAAGGCUGUCCAACUGAUCAUCUUAUCAUGGGUCCACUCUACAAAUCCAGUAAUACCGGAAAGAUUCUGUUAUCACACUUCGACGCCUUCAAAUUCCCAAGCUCGGAGGUAGUGCAAUUCCGCGCUCUGGUGACUCCCUGUAUGCCAAGCUGUGAGCCAGUACAAUGCGACCAGGAAGAAUCAACCGGUGAACUUAGAUCGGUGAUAAGCUUUGGUCGUCGUCGUCGCAGACGUCACACAACAACUCAAACAUCGCGGGAGGAUCUUCUCCUCGUUCAAUCAAUCCAGAUAACCGAUAAAUUUGGCUUCGAAAGAUCCGAUAAAUUGUCCGACAAUCGUACAUCGAUGCCACAUGACAGCGUUUACGGUGUCGAGGGUGAUGAUAUUGUUGAUUUGAACGGACGUUAUGGAUUAUGCGUUAAUGUUGCUGAAGCUAUUAUAGCUGGAGCUGUAUUCAUUGUUGCACAGAUAAUCAUUAUUGCUGCGUGGACAUUUACAUGGCAAAGACGCAAGCAGAUAUUAAAACACCAGGAGGCACUUUCGGUAUCGGUGUCAGUACCAGGUGCUAUGCAUACGGGUUUACCGAGUCGUGCUGACAGCCUCUGUAAGUUAUACGACGCUGGUUACUCGAGGCGUUUUUAAACAGAGAGAGAGUGAGGAAGUAACGAAACAUGAAGAAUGACACUUAAAUUUUUGCGAUAGCUAUCGUUCUAAUAACCAUUUCGCUGGAUCAUUUCAAAUCUAUCGUGCCUUCGACGCGGUGAGAUAUUUCCAUUUUAAAAUUCAUACGACAAUCGCGGUAAAUUUAACCGGUACGAUUCGAGCAUUGCGAUCUGAUACCGAUUAUCAGUGCUCAGUCCUAGUUAAAUCUCCAUAGUAUUCGUGGAUAUUUCUCUCCGUGUGUACAAUCGGCUGGUACAUCUUUUUUUUUUUUCAUAAUCACUUUGUUAAGCGAAGUGAAGUGGGCAUGAACUCGGCUACUGCCCCCAGUGUCACCAGACCAGGGGCAGCAGUUGAAAUUGUCCAGAUAAUGCGCCUGUACAUCACCCAUUUGUGUACACGUGCAUUAUCACAUGGCGGACGCUACGGUGGAACCACUAACGACUCAUUUAGUUAUUUUACUUUUUUUUUAUAAUUUUUUUUUUUAUUUUUAACCGAGGCUGGAGUUUAAUUCAGGUCGAGCUGGAUCAUCAUUGCGCUUGAGUUCCACCCAGUAACACCCAAUGUGACGAACCGCUUGACCUGGUUCAACAAUUUAAACUCGUUUCAAGGCUUAUGCUCACUUUACGAUUUAUCGAUGAAUGGUUUUUUUUUUCUUUUUCAUUAUGCAGGGCAGUGAUAUUGAAUACUGUCGACUUUGUUCAUUGUCAGGGCUCCACUGUCGAUAACCCUGCGAUAUGUGUGCUGAUUAUGAUGGAAUGAAGUCAUGAGACUCACGCUAGAUAAUUACAUUUUUAUAUUAUUAUUAUUUUUUAUAUUGACAUCAGCAGUAAAGUGGUGAUUGCGAGAACUAUUGAUUGACGUGUCAAACUCGUCGGACUUCAUCGCUUUGCUGCUGAAAUGAUAUUCGCUUCCAGUCGUUAGUCUCUGAUUUCAGUUGUCGUCUCUCAGUCUUUUCCUCAUGAGUUAUACAUUUUAAUACAUUAGAUACGUAAUUGUGAAAGUCGUUACACCCUCCGAAGUACUCAAGUGCAAUUUUUUUUCAAUUAUCAAUUUAAAUCGAGUCACAAAUGAAACGUUGAAUUUGACACUCGACAUCUUUGUCGAGAUAAUUAUCGCAUCUGAAGAGGCAAAUCUGAGAAAAUACGAGUAUUUUUCACUGGAUUCACAUCUCCAUGUUCCUCGAGUCGUUCAUCACGCGAUUCAAAAAAAUAUAUCUCAAAUAAAAACGUAAUGAUGAAAAACUGAAUUACACCCUUUGGAUUCCUGAAGAGUUGCAAUAAAAAAAAAUGUCGGUUGGGAUAAUUAAAAAGUUGCACCCACCGUAAGAUGCGAGUGUGAGGAGGACCUGGGGGUUGAGGGUACGAGGGGAUGAUGUUGAAUGAAAGGAAGUAGGCUCUCGAUAGUUUCUCGUCGACGGUGCGAGUUCCAUUUUCUCUACAUUUCGGUAUGAGGUACCGGGUAAAAGUGCAAUUUCCACCCGAGGAUCAUAAUUAUUUUGGGCUGGUAGUCCUUUAAUUAACGGGCUCAGUGGGUAGACGGUAAAGGGUCGGGAGUUGAGGAAAAUACAGAUAUAGCCCUUCGUCAACCCAUCCGCCCAGAAAAUAAAGAGGUAAAAUUAUGAGAGAGAGAAAAAAAGAUCCUAGAGUUAAAAUAUAGAUAAAAGUAAUAUGUAUGGAUGGUGCAGAGAGCAGGCAACAUCGUACAUACCUAUUAUAUAUAUAAUAAAAGUCUUUACGUGAUGGGGGAGGGGGUGAGGGGGUAAAUCGUGCUUCCGAGAAGAUUCACACGCGAUCGCGCGAUAAACGUUUCCAUCGUUUCCCUCACUCUUCGAAACGGCCCAUUACCCACCGCCUCUCGUAGCUUUAUCCUCUUUAAGAAAAAGAUCUAGAGGAAUGCGCGGAUUCAAAGUAUUCUACCGUUAAAAGUAAAAAAAAAAUGAAAACGAGAUCAAAUAAGUCGGACGUAAGAAAAUAAAUAAUAAAAAAUCAAACCGCUUUUGAUAUCGACAUUCCAGUGGUUGGAUCAUUCUCUCUCAGAAAUUCUAGGGGAAUCGCACCAAGAGGGGGCUAAAUGUGUAAUCGAGGGGGUGGGCGGGGGGGUUUGUCGACAAGUCAAACAUUGCUCUCACGUAGCAUCAAUUUAAUUGAGAAACUUGAAGAUUAGAAUACACUCGUUGAAGACAAACAGAACAAAUGGUAGUGGAGGGAUUAUACAAUUACCGAGUAAAACUCACCCCUCAACCCUCUCAGACCACCCACAACCCCACCGGCUUCCACGUUUAUCGUUUGUUUUAUCCUGGCAUAUAUUGACUCAACUCGUAUUCCAAAUAAAUGAACGAGUCAGUUAAACCGUACAGCGAUGCAAAAUGCUGGUUCAGGUGUUUUCAAUGAAAAUUUUGACGGGUUUUGGGUGCUACCCCUCCGGGAAUUGUUGUCAGGACUGGAGAGGGAAUGAUAUUAUUAUUAACGAAUUGCCGACGAGGGGAGAAAUUAAUCCGUAUUUUUUUUUUUCUUCGUAAUCGUAAGGUCUAGGAUUUAAUGUGCGUACAAAAAAGCUUCGUGGUGCGAGGGUACGAGAUUUAAAAGAUUAUUAUUAAAGAGAUAAUUAAUGGAGAGACGGAUGAUAGUUACAGUGGACUCCUGUCAAUUUUAAAUUUAUACCACUGAAUUUUGCACUGAGGACAAAUAUAUUUUUGACGGGGAUAUGAAGUUCUUUUGUGUUUUCACCAGAUGAAAGUAUUUCAAAUUGUUAUUAUUGUUGCUUCAAAUUAUUUGACGUAGUGGAAAUAAAGGAUAAAUAAAUGAUAAUCAAAUUGGUGGACUUGUAAUGUUGAGGAGUCAAUCCUUGGGUUGAAAUAUAUUCAUCUCUCAGUGUUAUUUUUCAGAUACAUAUGCGUGAAGCACUUUUCAUCGAGUUAAUUGAACUCAAUUGUUUCAACGGUUCAAGCAUAACUCAAUGGAGAUUGCCAUUGCACUUGUUAGUUUUAACAUUAGAGCGCAUUAUCAGAUAACCGUUUAAUUAAUGGUUUAUUCUUAACGCUGAAGGGUGCACGGUAAAAAUGUGUACUCGAAGUAUAUUUUGUACUUAAUUCAAGUGUACUUUAUACUAUGUUCAUUUCGGUGAGAAUAAUAUCGAGUGAUUUUUUUUUCUUAUUUUAAAGCUCAAAAUCUUCAAAUUAAAAAAUUAGUGAUGGUUUUGAAGAUGUUCCAUUUUGAGUACAACUUAUAUACUUGAAUUGAGUACAUUAAUAUACUGAUUUCGAGUACUUAUUUGAAACUUAACGUACUUGAAUCAAGUAUAUAUUUUUCUCCGUGGAUGAUUUAAAAAGGUGCAGUUAAAAGUGUUAAAUUGGGCUCGAGGACGACCCAAAGGUUUGCCUAUCCCUGACGGAUCUUCAACGUCCGUACGUGCUUGUCCUCGAGCCCGAGGUGCGCCCAUACACGGGACUUACGUGUAAUCACGACAUGAUUUCGAGUCUACUCUGUACCAUGACACGUAUAUAUCCUCAAUCACUUGUCUUACAGCUCAUUAUUUACCCUUUUUUUACAUCAUUAAAAUACGUUGUUUUACCUCGGCAAAUCCCCCGCCAUGUUCUCAGUGCGUAAUUUUUUUUUACAUACCCUCCCCCAUUUUUUAUCUCAAACGGGGGAUUAAUUGCCAUCGCGAAAUCCCGAGGUAUACAGUCACGUACAGAGCUUACCCGACUGUCGAGUUUUCAUGUGUUCGCACCAAAAAAUAUGAAAGCGAAAAAACGUGAUUUUUUUAUCGUUUUCUCAUUUUUUUUUUUAUUUAUUGUAUUUUUCGCCUCCCGUUUUGUCUAGUUUGAAUAUCGUCUGUCACACUUGCAAUUAUAAAUUCCUCUCGCGUGUGCCUGAUCCUACUUAAAGCUCAUUGUUUUCUUUCAAUAUUCCCCGCCCUCAUCCUCAUUCCUAUUCACCACUUUUCCUCUCAAAUCCCAUCAUCCACCGUUGCUCGUCCGCUGAAAAAACUCAGCUCUCUUGAAUUUUUUUUUUAACUCGUAUAGUUCGGUCACGAUAAAUGCAAGAAAAAUAUUCAAUGAAUAUUCAUUAUUAUUAGUAAUAUCGAGAUGAAUGAUAGUGGAGGGAAAAUUAUGGCCGAAAUGGCGAAUGCCGAGUCUUCUAUUUUUUACUUAUUUCUUCAGACACUUUUCUUACUGUCUUUUUUUUUGCGAAUGGGUUUCUCGAUGCAAUUCACGAUUUUCGGUAAUUGGAGAUUGUACAGAAGUUGUAUUCCAGAGAA